AUGCCUUAUGAUAUUGAUGAAAAUAUAAUGGAGUUAAUAAUUAAGCCUCCGAUUGAAAUAGAAGAACCACCAAUGUACGUAUCUAAAUUUCGUAAUUCUGUUAAAAGAGCAUUUAUUCGUGGUAAAAGUGCUCAUAAAACUCUUGGUGUACCUAGAGUAUCAUUAAAUUCACCGCAAGAAUUUCUACGAAAACAUUCACGUAAUGAAAUAAAGCAUUCUGAUAUUAAGCAUAAACAUUAUCAUAUACCAAACUAUCAGCACAAAUUGCCUGAGUGGAAACCACAGAAAUUAACGAAUCCUUCAGAUAAAAUACCUAGAAAUACAGUAAAUUCAGGAAAGAAUUUUAAACAAGAUAAUAUUGUUAAAGUUAAAAAUGCACAAGCUAAAAAACCAAUAUUGUAUUAUGUUGAUGAUCGGCUGGGCAAUUCUUUUCCCCGCAAACCUAAUGGCAACUUCUCUGUAAAUCCAAAUAUGGAAAAUGAAAAUCCACUGUACUAUUUAGAAAAAAAUCGUCAGAAUGAAAAAACAAGAAAAAAGUUAUUAGAAAAAUUUAUGAAAAGUAAUAAAAAUUCGACAGAUCAAUCAUCCGCAAAGUGUGAAACAUCAUUAGAGCAUGACGGGUUAGAAAGUACAGAAAAUGACAAAAAAUUAUCCAAGAAAAAACAUACUAAGAGAGAACAAAGUUGCCGUUAUGUUACUGAAGAAGAACGUGCUCAGCUUCUUUUAGGUAUGAAAAAAAGGUGGGAAGAUAUGAUGAAACAAUUUCAGAGCCUUCCAUUUCUCACUGACACACCACCAAAAGCAAAAAGAAAAGCAAAAAUGGAGCAAGAUUUGAAACAAUUGGAAAAAGAUAUAGACAUGAUAGAACGCUAUCCUCAUAUUUACGUUUACAACGAUAAUGAUGAUUAA